AUGUUAUCAAGUAUACUAGAAAAACUACCUAUUAAAACCGAUAAUACGCUACGACCUCAAAAUAAAUUGAAAUCAGUACAAACUCAAACAUCAAAAGAUGAAAAAAAAUUAAUUAAAUAUUAUAAUUUUAUACAAUUUUAUUUAUGUGGAAUUAUAAAUAAUCCAAUAUUAUCAUCAUGUAUUGUAAUAUGUUAUAUACUAAUUAGUCAAUUUAAAUAUAUCAUCGACAAAGAUUCAUAUUUUGAAGAACUUGAAACAUCAAGUUCAUCAUCAUUACUAUUCCGAACCAUACCUAAAUUAAAUGAAAUUUUUCAAAUUCAUCUACCAUAUCCAAAUUAUUUAUCAAUGGAUUCAUUAUAUAAAGAUAUAUUAUCUCAAUUUAUAACAUUAUUAUUCAUAUUUAGAUUUAAAAAUUUACCAAAAUCUUUAGAAACUUUGAGCAAUCAAUUUCAAAAUACCAAUACCACCACUAAUUCAAAAUUUUCAAAAAGAAUAAAUUCAAUAAUUAUAGAAAUUUUAUUAUUUGGAUUAUCAAUUUUUUUUCUAAUAUUUAUAAUUUUUCAAACAAAACUUGAAGAAAUUAAAAAUUUAAAAUCAUUAUUUCUACUACAAUAUUUAAUAAUUUAUUCAAUCUUGUUUAUUGAUUUAAUUUUUAAAGAUAAAUCAUCAACAAUUUUAAAAUUUUGUCAAAAUUUAAAUAAUAAUUUUUUAAAAAUUAUAAUAAGUUUUAAUUUUAUUUUAAUUAUUGAUAUUAAUGAUAUAAAUUCAAAUUUCAUUUAUUUAUUAAGUCAAUAUUCCAUUAAAUUUUUUUGUUUAUGGAUUAUGAUAUUAGAUGAAAUUAAAAUUUAUUAUAUCGAUUUAUUAAAUUUAAAUCAAUACAAUGAUAAUGAUAAUGAACAUGAAGUAAAACAAAUUGAAAAAUUUAAUGAUGAAUAUUAUGAUUAUUAUUAUUCUUUUGAUGAUGAUUAUUAUAUAUUAAAUCAAAAGUUAGAUACUGAUUUUGAAAAAUUUGGAAAAGUAGAAAAAGAUCAAAAUAAUGAGAAACGUUUUGUUAAUUUUAAUAACAUAAAUUUAAAAGAUUUUAUAUUAAGUUUAACUUGUAUAAUGAUAUUAUUUUUAGAUUUUUAUAAUUUAUAUUAUAAUAGAUAA